AAAAAAAAACCCAGCAUUUUAUGAACACUUUGGUAUCGUUACUAUACCCUUUGCUUCCUUCGCUCUUCCCUUUGCGCAGACUCUGGAGCCCCAGCCAGCAAACCCAAUUACCAGAGCUACUUCAACUUCUCCCGCCGGCAGCUAAUUCCGGCGCCGGUAGAUGCUCCGUCGCUUUCUGCGUCAAUGACUCCCUUCUUAUUAUCCCAAUGUAUCUUUCAAUCUAGAAAGUGAUGGCUUGCUACUCACUAUUUUUUCUUGCUAUAGUAUAUUCAAGGGACUAGCAUGUAUUCGGUAGCUCUCUUUGGUCAAAGAGUUACUCAAAGAUUCUCAUAUUUUAGCACCUUUUCACGGUUUUUAUGUAAUCAACAAUCUGACACUGAUGGAACUGGAAAUGGUUUUGGGAGAAUCGAGGAUUACUUGAAUGAGAGCUGGAAGAGUAUGAAGUCCGAUAAUAAUAUGAAAGAUAAUUCUGACAUGCAGGAGUCAGUUGACUUUACUGGAAUGAACGGCUGCUAUGGAGGCCAUUUCCGGCAAAAAUUUUCAACCCGGCACGAUUUUAUUGAGAAAGCAAGAAAUGAGGCUAGUAUGAUUCUUGAAAUUCUUCAACAAGAUGGUCCAGGAUUUGAUGCAAAAACAGCUUUAGAUAAUUCACAUAUUACGGUUUCAAGCCUGCUUGUGAGAGAAGUUCUUCUAGGUAUCUUGAAAACAAUAAAUUAUGCUAAUAAAAAUAGGUGUGCGAAGCUGGGGUACAAGUUUUUUGUAUGGUCUGGUCAAAAAGAAAAUUACCGGCAUACGGCAAAUUCAUACCAACUUAUAAUGAAGAUUUUUGCAGAGUCUGAGGAAUUCAAGGCUAUGUGGAGAUUAGUAGAUGAGAUGACUGAGAAAGGAUACCCUACAACUGGUAGGACAUUUAAUUUGUUGAUAUGUACUUGUGGAGAGGCAGGUUUGGCUAAAAAAGUAGUAGAGAGGUUUAUUAAGUCAAAGACAUUUAAUUAUAGACCAUUCAGGCAUUCGUUUAAUGCAAUUUUACAUUCCCUUCUGGGUGUAAAUCAUUAUAGGUUAAUUGAGUGGGUAUAUCAGCAAAUGUUGGUUGAAGGUCAUCUUCCUGACAUGUUAACUUAUAACAUACUGUUAUGCUCAAAAUAUAGGCUGGGAAAGCUGGAUCAGUUUCAUAGAUUAUUAGAUGAAAUGGGCCGGAAUGGAUUUUCACCCGAUUUUCAUACAUUUAACAUCCUUCUUCAUGUUCUUGGUAAAGGAGAUAAACCGCUAGCAGCAGUCAACCUUCUAAACCACAUGAAAGAAGUUGGUUAUGAACCAAGCGUUCUCCAUUUUACCACUUUGAUAGAUGGGUUAAGUCGGGCUGGUAAUUUGGAUGCUUGCAAAUACUUCUUUGAAGAGAUGAUUAGGCAGGGUUGUAUGCCUGAUGUUGUGUGUUACACUGUUAUGAUAACAGGAUACGUUGUGGCUGGGGAACUUGAUAUAGCUCAGGAACUGUUCAUUGACAUGCGUGCCAAUGGGCAGUUGCCAAACGUGUUUACUUACAAUUCCAUGAUUCGGGGGCUCUGUAUGGCUGAGAAAUUUGACGAGGCAUGCAUGAUGGUGAAAGAAAUGGAAUCAAGGGGUUGUAAUCCAAAUUUUAUGGUGUAUAGUACUUUAGUCAGUUAUUUGAAAAAUGCUGGAAAGCUGUCCAAAGCUCAUGAAGUAAUAAGACAUAUGGUGGAUAAAGGACAGUAUGUCCAUCUCGUUCCAAAGUUCAAAAGAUAUAGAAGAUGUUAAAGAGGCUAAACCACUUUUUUUGUAUAACUGCUGUCAACACCAUGCAUUAGUUCUGUGCUUAUGCCUCCAUGUUCUGAAGUUGAAUUAGCUUACCAUAAAACCAGGUAGUAUUGCCGCUGUUGGUGCUUGCAAUUUGACUGGUGUCAUAAGUUCGCAGGUCCACCUCCCUACCAUAUGCCGCAAAAAAGCAGCGACCAAGGAAAAAGAAAAACUCUGACAAGAAAGCAUGCAAAGUGAUGAUGAUGAGAUACCUUCUAGAUAGGCUGGUUGAGGUGAUAUGCAGGGAAGCUUAUUAAUUUGCUGAUGAUGGGCGCUUCUUAUGGUGGAAAAUGCAACAUGGCAUGGACAAUAUUGCAACAUGCAUCUUUGAGGGCAUGAUUCUAAUGUAGUGGUGGUGUUUGUUGGCUUGGUGCCGAAUUGAAGUUUCUUGCUCGUAAAACACAAUGAUGCUGAUUUUGACACAAAGCAAAGAGAGUGAAGCCAUGAUCAAUUAGACAUAGCUCACUUUUUGCCUUGAGCCAUGAAUUCCAGCUUGCAAGUAGCCACUUCUGAACAUCAAGAGCAUCUAUACGCCUUCUUAUUCCAAACACUAGAUGUAAGUGUGAAGUGCUCUAGAUAAGAGAAAAAUCAAGCACUUAAACAUGGGAGACCAAUGUUCAAGUUCCAGCUGAGACAAAAAACCACUAGGUGACUUCUCUUCGUCUGCAUAAGCCUUGGAGGGCAAAGUUAUUUGGUACCUCUGCUGGUGGGAGGUAGCCAGUGGAUUACUCGAGCUGUCAAGAUGCGCAAGUUGGCCUGAACACCAUCGUUAUCAAGAUAAAAGGGGAAAAAGAGAAGAAUAAAGCAACUUGUAACACAAGAGGCUUUAGAGACUUAAUCCAGAUGCAAUGCUGGAAAAAAUAACUGACAAAAAAAGUAUUGUGAUCAAGAGGUCAAUUAGAUGAUGUUUAAUUGGAAACAACAAUCUAUUUUCUUCAUCAAGGAUAGGUCUUCCAUGUGAGCUGUAUAGUAGACUAAUACUUGAUCCCAUCUUAGAAUGUGUCAAAUGGACUGCUGUGGACUUGUAGCAGUGCCUUUGUAUAGUGGUCGAUUAGUUGAAGGAUUAUGAAGUAAGAAGGAAAGGAUGAAAGUAUGGAGCAUGGUAAGGCAUAAUAUAAUGUGCCUUCUUGUUGUAUCCUUUACAUUGUGACAAAUUGACCGCGAAAUUUUGUAGAGUAGGAAAGUAAACAUGUAGCAUUGUAAAUUGUUACAUAUAUGUAAAGAAGCUAGCCUUGACCCUGUUUUUUUUCUGAGAAGAAAGAAUGCAGGGAAAAAUAAAGGGGAAAAUAUAGAAAACUGAGAGAGAUGUUUUCAAUGGUGGGGUUUGGACAAAAAGAAAGGCACUCAAGAGAAAAAGGGAUCGUCAUUUCUCUAGAGAGCUAUUUUCAUUUAUCUAUGUUUGACAAUGAAGAUGGUUGAAUACAAUUAAGGACCCGUUUGGCCAUUUUCCAGCAUAUGUUUUCCUUUAUUUGAGAAACAAUGUUUGGCCAUGAAGUGCUGGAAGUUUAUGUCGAAUUUGGAAAGCAAUUUUUAACUUAUUAUUCACUUU